AUGGGUUACUUUGGGUAUUAUUGUACUUCAAUACUGUCUUUUUUACCUAAUUAUUCAAUGGUCAAUGGCUUUGUUGUCCUUCUUAUUCUCUUUGAACGAAAUUAUUAUUGUAACCAAGGCAAAAAACGGAACGAAAGUGAAAAUAUCCAGACUAAUUUGAAGCCUCUUUACUCUGUUAAUUCUGUAAAAAUAAAGAAUGAAAUAAAUGAGAUCUCAUCUUUCCAAGUAUUGCUUUUCAACAGCGAGCUGUGCGGGAAGUUGGUCGAUGAUGGUCGGUGUUUGCCUUAUCAUCUCGUAGUGGAAAUAUGGGUAUUGACACCUUUAAAUCUAUCGAUAGCUCCAUGGAUAUUUGUCUUUUAUUGA